AUGGGUAAAUCAGCGAGAGUCGUCUACUGGUUCAGGACAGACCUCCGUCUCCACGACUCCCCAGCACUCAAAGCAGCCCUGGACCUGAACCCGGAAUGCCUCUGGCCGAUAUUCACGUGGGACCCUCACUAUGUCUACCGCGCCAAGGGAGGGACCAACAGAUGGCAGUUCCUCCUGGACUGCCAGAACGACCUCUCCGCGUCCAUCACCAAGCUGAACAAGAAGUCCAAGCUCUUCGUCCUGCGCGAGGGGCCCCAGACCCUGUUUCCCAAGCUCUUCAAGGCCUGGAACGUGACGCACCUCGUCUUCGAGAAGGACACCGACGCCUACGCCCGAGACCGCGAUGAGGCAGUCACCAAAGCAGCCAAGGAGGCCGGCGUCGAGGUCAUCAUCAAGUCGGGCCGCACGCUGUGGGACAGCGACGAGGUCGUCAAGGCCAACGGCGGCAAGCCCACCAUGUCCGCGGCCCAGCUCAGGAACGCGGGCGACAAGUGCGGCAAGAUAGCCCAGGCCAUCCCGGCGCCAAAGUCCCUCCCGGACCCGGGCGACAUGCCCACCGACGACCUCGCGAACGAGCACGACCAGCCGCCCGCGGACCCGGACUUCAACGCGGCGUGGCGCACCCUCAAGGACAAGGGCUACACCAAGCUCGCGGGCCCGCGCGGGGACUUCGCCGUCGAGACCAUGGCGGAGCUGGGCUUCCCCGAGGCGACGACGCCGCACCGCGGCGGCGAGACGGUCGCGCUCAGGAUACUGGACGAGGUCAUGGCCGAUGUUGAGUACGCGGCCACUUUCCGAAAGCCGAACACCAGCCCCGCCGCGUUCGAGCCGCAGUCGACCACCCUGCUGAGCCCGUUCCUGCACUUUGGCGCCUUGAGUUGUCGCCUCUUCUACCACCGUGCCCAGGAGGCCGUUGACUCGUACAAGGGCGCUUCGUCGUCCCCGCCUGAGAGCUUGACGGGCCAGCUGCUGUUCCGGGAUAUGUACUUCGCGGCUCAAGCAGCCCUAGGCCACGCAAUGGUGCAGACAGCCUACAACCCCGUGGUGAGGUUCAUCCCGUGGCACCUUCCCUCAGUGCUGGAGGCGAGCAGCAGCCCGACGGAUAAGACCACGAAGGAGACCACCGUCCCGGGCAAGUACAAGGUCGACAGCCCCCAGGCGGAGGAGUGGUUCCAGCGGUGGAAGGCCGGCACCACGGGGUUCCCCUGGAUCGACGCGCUGAUGCGGCAGCUGCGCCACGACGGCUGGAUACACCACCUGGGCCGCCACUCGGUGGCGUGCUUCCUGACGCGCGGAGGGUGCUACGUGCACUGGGAGCGCGGCGCCGAGGUCUUCCAGGAGCUCCUGCUUGACCACGAGCCCGCUUGCAACGGCGGGAACUGGCAGUGGCUCAGCUGCACGGCCUUUUUCGCGCAGUACUACCGCUGCUACUCGCCCGUGAGCUUCCCGCAGAAGUGGGAUAAGGAGGGCGCAUUCGUGAAGCGGUGGGUGCCUGAGCUGGACGGAUUGCCCGCGAAGUACAUAUACGAGCCGUGGAAGGCGCCCAUCGCAGACCUGAAGAAGGCCGGGGUGAAGCUGGUGGAGUUCCCCGGUGUCGGCGAGGAGAUGGGCAAAGGCACGUACCCGAAGCCGAUGUUUGACUUUGCAGAGAGGCGGACGAUCUGCAUCGCGAGUCUGAAGAAGGCCUAUGGCGUUGGCCUGCACGGGAACGACAGGAAGGUGCUGGACGGGAGCUGGAGGGAGCUGUUCGAGGGUGGUGGUGACAACGAGGAGGUCAUGGGCCUGACCGACCAGAGCGACGAUGGCAGAGACGCGGAUAAUGCUGACGCUGGUAACGGCAGAGAAGCGGGCAGCAAGAAAGCCAACGGCAAGCGUUCCAAAACAGGGCCCAUGGACAGGCAUGUCAAGAAGCAGAAGACAUAG